ACGACUGGAGAUAGAAAGAUCCCAUUUUUUUACAUUACGCGGUGUGCGGCGGCCAGGCGGCGCUUGUUUGCGCUUGUUCAACUUCUUUUUUUUUUCAAAAGCAUUUCGUACCAAUAACGUCUCGAUACGAAUCAAUGUGUGUAGUGCCUGGUGUUAAGUGUGUAUAUAUGUAAUGAUGGCUUGUAUACCUGUGAAUUUGGUUUAAAAGUGCGCCAACCAACGGCUAUAGUAACAACAGCGACAGCAACGAAACACAAGUGCGUCCAACUAUAACAACGACAACAACACACAACUAAUGCCAAAAUUAGCCGGCAUAGUCAGCGCACUUGUUUGAGUUCUGUGCUUAUCGCUUCCGCCAAAAACAAAAAAAACGAACGCAAAAGAAAGCAAACCAAAUCAAUCGAAACGAAACAAGAGCAGGAGAAGCAAUUGUGCGUAUAACAACAACACCAACAACAGCACGAUGAACACAUGACAACAGUGCCAUUGUGGAUCAGCAUCCUAUAUGUACAUAUGCAUGUAUGUAUGUAUGUGUGAAUUCAAUUUGCGAUACGCCUGAAAGAUGCGUAGACCGUCCGCGUUGAGUCGCAAUCAUUAUUUUGUGAUCGGGCUGCUGUUGGGCCUGGUGCUCAGCUGUUAUAUACCGCAGGACAUUUGGGAGCUGGUGCAGCAAGAGGAAUGUCCGCAGGAGGUUGCCGAAAAUUUGCUCAUCGAACGCUUUGGCCAGGACUUUGAGCCACAUUUAAACUUGAUCAAUAAGCCGCUGGAGGCCAAAAAGCCGGUAAAAAAUGUGUUGCGGCCUCGUUACUACUCCUCGGAGCUGGGCAUACGUGAGAAGAUCUUUAUUGGUGUGAUGACAUCGCAGGAGAAUGUCAACAGCUAUGCCACGGCAUUCAAUCGCACCACCGCCCACCUGGUGAACAAGAUCAAGUUCUUCAUCAAUGCGGACAGCGAGAAGACGAACUAUCAGUUGAAGAACAUUGUCGGGUUUACGGACACGCGGGAGAGUCGUCGUCCGUUCUACGUGAUCAAGUAUAUAGCGGACAAUUAUUUGGAUGACUACGAUUACUUUCUGCUGGUGCCGGACAAUGCCUAUGUGGAUGCACGGAAGCUGAAUGCGCUGCUUUAUCAUAUGAGCAUCACCUUUGAUCUGUAUAUGGGCGGGACACGCGUUGCCCAGGGCGAGGCUGGCGAGGGGAAGGAGGGGAAGGCUGCAUCUGUCGGCCGCGAUGAAUCGAUGAAUGAUUCGGGUGCGGCGGGUGUGAGUGAUCGGAACUAUUGUGACCUGGAGGCGGGCAUCUUGCUGAGCAGCAGUGUCAUACGGAAGAUGCGCAACAAUUUGGAUCGUUGUGUUCGGAUUGGCAUUACGAAUGAUCAUAGCGUUAACAUUGGGCGCUGUGUGAAGUAUGCGAGUCGUGUAGCUGGCUGUCAGGAAAGUUUUCAGGGUAUGCGUCAGUACAGCUAUGCCCUGAAUACGAAGUCGCGCCAGCAUAAGGAUCUCAGCAUAUUGGCCAAGGAGGCAGCAUUCCUCAAUGCAACAACCGUUUAUCCCGUACAGUCACCGGAGGAUUUCUAUCGCCUGCACGCCUACUACUCAAAGCAUCAUCUGGAGUUGGUGCAGCAGCGCGGCUAUGCACUGGAACAGAAAUCGUAUCGCAUUGCCAAUGGCAGCAUCUCCAAUAAGAUACUCGAAAUCCGUUGGCCGCUGGGCGUGCCGCCGCCCAGUGCGCCGGAGACGCGUCACGACAUGCUCACGUGGCAGCUGCUGAACGAAACGCACUCCUUGCUGCCGAAUGCGAACUCCGAUCACGCCGUGGCGCCGCUCAGUCGCAUCGAAGCAUUGGACUUCGCCAAGGUCCUGGAGAUCGCAUUGCAAUAUGCCGCCCAGAAGUAUCCGAAGCUGCGCUACCAGAGCUUGCACAGCGCCUACCGCAAGUUCGAUGCGACGCGCGGCAUGGACUAUCAGCUGCAUCUGAAUCUGUACGAGAGCGGAAGCGACGUUGACAAGCGGCGGCUGUUGCUCAAAAGCUUCGAGGUGGUCAAGCCGCUGGGUCGCGUCGAGGUGGUGCCAUCGCCCUACGUGACGGAGAGUACACGUAUCGCGAUACUGGUGCCAUCAUUCGAGCACCAGGUGCCCGAUGCGCUCGACUUUGUGGCGCAGUACGAACGCGUCUGCAUGCGCAAUCAGGACAAUACAUUCCUGCUGCUGAUCUUCCUGUAUCGCCUCGACUCGCCCAGCAAGGGCGACGAAGAUCCCUUCAAGAGCUUAAAGAAAUUGGCCCUCGACUUGUCGUCGAAAUACAAGACAGAUGGCUCACGCAUCGCCUGGGUGUCCAUACGGCUGCCGGAGCAGCUGAGCAGUGAGCCACUGCAGCCGGAUGAUUGGCUACUGCACGCCUCCAUGUAUGGCCCGAGGCAGUUGCUCAGCCUGGCUGUCGCCGAUCUGGCGCUGCCCAAGCUGGGACUCGAAUCGCUGGUGCUGCUGGCCACGCCCAGCAUGCUCUUCCGUACGGAUUUCCUAAACCGUGUGCGCAUGAAUACCAUCCAAGGCUUUCAGGUGUACGCGCCGAUUGGCUUCCAGCUCUAUCCCUGCAGCUGGGCGCAUUUCUGCAAGGAGUGCGACACCUGUGACAUUAGCCAAAGCACCGGCUACUUCGAUCGCCAAAAUCAGGAUGUGAUUGCCUUCUACAGUCGCGACUACGUGCAGGCUCGUAAACUUUUGGAUCCGUUGGGACUGCCCAUAAUGCGCAGCGAUCUGGACAUUGAGCAGCUGCUGCUGGCCGCAUCCCAGCCGCGUGCCACGAAGAUUGAAAACAUUUUGGACAUGUUUGUCGCCGCACAGCAUACGGUGCACAUAUUGCGCGCCGUCGAGCCACAGCUGCGCUUCGGCCUCGAUGUGCGAAAUCAUUUGGCCAGGGGCGGCUCACUGCCGCCCACGCUGCCCCCGCAGGGCAGCAGCUGCAUACACUUGGCAUCGCGCAAGCAAAUCGGCGAUGCCAUCAUCCGCUACGAGGAUAAAAGUAUUCUGCAAAAGUAGCUGCUGUCCCAGCGACUGGCCAAUGCUAACUUUUAUAUAUAUAUAUUAUAGUAAUAUCAUCAGUUCCUUGCUAAACAUAUAUAUU